CGAAGAGUUGUUGGUCCAUUACCCUUGGCUAAACUGCAUCCGGCUGGCGCGGCUUCCAAGUUUGUAAACAGCAGCACGUGACGUCCACCCCUCGAGUGAAUAAGAAGCAGAGCGCCCACACUCCUAAAGCUGCCGGGCGCAUGCCCUAAAAGGAUGAAAAGCAAUAUCGAUCCGGACAACUAGUGAAGUGCAUAGUUCAUAAAGAAAGGCGAAGUCUGCUUGACGGCUACGAAGAUGUUCAAAUUUGUAGUGUUUUUCGCUAUUCUCACAAUAGGUUUGUGCCAAGAUUUGAAGUACCAUGGGCCGUUCUUUAUAUGGGGUCCAAGUGUGAUAGAAGAAAUCAAAUCACCUGCUCUAGGAGUGGUUAAUGAUGGGGCACUUUUGUCGUUAUAUGAAAAGGUAAAAUCCGUCGUGGUAUUUGUCACAGACACCUCGGAUAGGAUUGACGGUAACAGUUUUCCGGAGCUGAAAAGCAUCGUAGAAAAAGAGUCUUUAGUUUACUUAGCUCAACCUAGGAUACCGCAUCCAAAAGGAGUUAAUGUAAAGGUACAUGUCGUUCCCCUGACCGGAGCAGCUGCCGCUCAAGAUAAAGUGAUAAAAAGCACACUCGACCGUAUCCGAGACGCAGACGGAAGAGGGAAUAUUAUUGGCAUCCUAGCCAAUGCAGAUGAUGAUGGAAGUCUGCGAAGCAAACGGGAAGCAGAAGAACCCUCAGUGCCGGCUAUUGAUACAAAUGACACGCAGGCGAGGGAUUUUAUCUACUACGCUAAGGGUGAAGCAAUUAUAUAUACUGAGUUGGCCCCCGUCCUGUUCCUUGAUUACAACGUCACCAAUAGGAAUUACUCAAUUAUGAAAGUGCUUUCUGGAAAUCCGAGUGUUACAAUUGAUAAGCGCGGACAAGUAUGGAAACUAUUCGCUACAUUCGCCGACGGAGUGAAUAAGACCGUACUUCGGUUCAAAUUUAACGUAUCAUCGGGGUACUGGGCAAUGAAGUCGGUGGAGGUCUCCCAUGAUGAGUCGAAAAUCAUCGAACUAGUAGCAGUUGGAGCAGUUCCAGAAGCCCCCUUAGGUUUCUCUUAUAAGUGUAUGAACAUUGUGUUUGCGAAUGGCACGAACAAUUUAACAAUGUACAAUGUGCAGUUGCAAUCUUUCAUGGGAGGCGGCAAACGGUUCAAUGAUACUAUCGACUGCAUCGGAUUCACCACUGCACCGAUAUGGUCAGGCAUUUUUGUAUCCUUUUUGAUUCUCUUUGGAACCUUGAUUGGAAUUACUGCGCUCAUGGACAUAAAACCACCCAAUCGGUUUGAAAGCAGCAGGAGUAAACAAUUGACGUUUACGGUUCAGGAAUAAUCGCCUCUUCCGCUUCGCUUUUGAUUUAUGUGUGAGAAGUUAAAGUUGUUGAAAAUAUAAGAACAAUAUAUCGAGCCAAGGAA